AUAUGUAAACUACUUUUGCUUAAUUUCUAGUUAGUAUUUAGUUCUAAGAUAUAACUCUAGUCGAACACACCAAGUAGAUGGUGUAGUGUGUUCGGGGCAUUAUGUACAUAGUAUAACAGUUAAGAUGACACUUGUGAAGAGAAACGAUUAGAAACAAAGAAACGAAGUAAAUACAAAAAGUUAAGCGGCAAAUCAUUGUGCUGAGGAAAAUUAAUAAAUUACAAAUUAUAAGCUUUAAAUGUCGUUUCUCUUUAUAGAGAAACCCAAUUGAGUUUAUACAUUUGUUGCUGUGUUAGGCGGAUCGAGUUAAACAAAUAUUACAAAACGACAUUUUUGCUAACAUUUGAAGAAUGGAGAAGCUUAAAUUCGAAUUUUUGGUAAAAUCUGCUGAGGACGGAAAAACGAAUAUAAUGGCGAUAACCACAAUCACCACAAGUGAUGAUAGAGUUUUUAAAAUACCAGCAGAAAUGCAGCCAGCAAGUUUACAUGAACAAUUAAUAAAUACACCAACUUAUACAAAAAUAAAAAAACACAUUAAAAAGGAGACACCAAACAAGAAAAGUAUGGAUAAAUGUAACGGAAGAUUUAGCCGGAAUUUAUAUGGAUGAUGAUGGAAAUAUGCAGUUCAAAGAUUACUUUCUUGAAGAGAUACCGCCAACAAAUCCCACUGCAGGUAUUUCAGAGGAGUCACUGUCGAAAGUUUUAGAGAAGCUGAGUGCAACAAAAAAAAAUUGUGAAUACCCUAAUUUGAAGAAAAUUGCUGAAAAAUUUGAGCUAGAAAAAUUCUCUGCCAAAAACUCAAAUGCUAACCAAUGGAUGACCAUAUUUGAAAGUGAGUGCGACCGCUUUGACAUAUGUAAAGAUGAGGAGAAAAUCGAAGUCUUGAGACUUUUCUUAGAAAAAUCAUGCUUGGAUUGGUACAGCUCUAUGCUUAUUAAAUUAUCGUUAGCUUCUGAAUGGGGAAAGUGGAAAGAAAACUUUUGUGGCACCUAUGCAAAUAAAGGAUGGGCUGCGAGCAGAUAUGCAAUCUCAUUCAGAUAUAAAACAGGUUCACUUUUGGAUUAUGCUUUGAAGAAAGAAAGACUUUUAUUAGAAAUAAGAAAAUCAAUUGACACAGGGACAUUAAUUGAUCUUAUUGCAGAAGAGUUACCAAAUUAUAUAGCCGACAGAAUAGAUAGAGAAAAAGUAGUUAAUACAGAAGAACUUUACAGUGAGAUUAGAAAACUUGAACAUUUAGUAUCCAGAAAAACUAUAGAUAGAAAGAACGUAUCAGCUUCUUAUUCGAAAGAAAAAGAAACAUUUGAAAAGAAAAAACCAUGCAAAAUCUGCGAAAAAGAAAACAGAGGUACUCGUUAUCAUACAGAAGCUACAUGCUGGUUUAUAAAUCAAAAAAGUGAAAAAGAGAUAAAACAUGUUAAUAAUAAUGAAUUGGAAUGGGAAUUAAAUGAUAUGGAUCCAAAAAACUUGUAGUGCCACCAUUGAUCAAAGUUAAAUUAUUAAUAAAUGGAAUUAUUGAAGUAUAUGGAAUUUACGAUUCUGGUUCGAAUGUAUCUUUAAUAAAUUCGCGUUUAUUACGCUUUAAACCAAAAAAUAAAGAUUUUUAUACUGCAAAUUUGAAAACGAUCAAUGGUACAAAAAAGGCUGAGGGAAUGAUAACUAUUAAAACUAAAAUUUUUGACAUUGAAAAAGAAAUACAGGUUUUUGUA